GAGGCUGUUUAAAGUUAAAUAAACGCCGCGGCGCGACUCGUAUUGCACACAGUGUGCGGCGACGCCGAGGGACAGGCGACGAAGCGAAAAGAGACGAGCAGAACCGAACCUGCGCGACGAGAAGACUCUUCUAGAGAAUGACGUCCAUUUGUCCAAGAUGCGAUAAGACUGUAUUUUUCGCUGAAAAAGUGAGCUCUUUGGGGAAAAACUGGCACCGUUUCUGUCUGAAAUGUGAACGAUGUAGUAAGAUUCUGUCUCCUGGAGGCCAUGCGGAGCAUGAUGGAUUGCCUUACUGUCAUAAACCCUGCUAUGGAACACUCUUUGGACCAAAAGGAGUAAAUAUUGGAGGGGCGGGGUCUUACAUAUACGACACACCUCCUCAGACACCGCUCAACAAAUCAUGCAACAGCCCUUCAGAUGGUUCGCCCACUACACCUUGGACCAGCUCACAGAUCAGCUUUAAUCAACCUAAAGCUUCCACUGUGCCUGCGCGUAUGUUUGCUGGAGAGACUUAUCUGUGUCCUGGCUGUGGAAAAGCAGUUUAUUUCGCUGAGAAGGUGAUGUCCCUGGGUCGCAACUGGCACAGGCCUUGUCUUCGCUGUGUGAGGUGUAAGAAAACACUGACCCCUGGGGGCCAUGCAGAGCAUGAAGGAAGCCCGUACUGCCAUGUUCCCUGCUAUGGGUACCUGUUUGGACCAAAAGGUGUAAACAUUGGGAAGGUAACUGCCAGGCCACCACAGAAGCAAUGAGUCCCACAGAACACAGGAUGGUCUGAGAGAAGUGGCCCCAAAAACUGUCCAAGAGCAGAACUACAGGAGCUAAUUGACCAAGCAGAAUUUUAAGUGACUGUUCCUGCAGUUUCAUUAUUACGCCAGCAGAUGGAGGCGUAUCUCAAACAUACGCAAAGUUUUGAAUACAGUUUGUCGGUGAUGGUGAUUUGCCACUAAAGAACUGCAAACAUGAUGAAGGAGGAAGAAAAGGUGCUGGCCAAUGUAAAAGCUAUUCCUGAUCUAUAGGACACCAGCAGCAUCGGCUUACGACCAAAUCUACAUGCCAAACAGAAGUUAGGUUUUUUAUCUAAAACAUUUCUUGAUUGUGGUGGUCUUCAUAAAAUACAAAUUGUUCAUAAUAUUUAUCAUAAUAAAAUCACUAGUUUUACUUUUUUUGUAAAAGGGCUUGAACCUGCGAACUUCCAUCUGACAACUUGUCAACUUACAAUUACCAGCUAACUUCUUCUUUGGGAUGUGAAUGAAAGAAAUUUUAGUAAUUAAUAAAUUAAGUAAAUAAUUAGUUUGAAUCAAAAAUGGGCUGCAGAGUUCUAGUUCAUCCCCAGUUGUUUUUUUUUUAUGAUUUUGUUUUGCUUUUUAGGUUACUAUUGUGCACAUUUAAGAGUAGAAUUUAAAUUGUAUUUUAAGAGUAAUCCAGUGAUUGGCAAACUAUUACUUUAAAAGCUAUAAUUAUACGCAUGCAGUCAUGUUUUUUAUUGCAAUGCACAGAAUUGUUAAUAAUGAACUGCUGGAGACUUCCUUGGAUUGAUUUUGUUUUCGUUAUUGCUUUUUAGCUAACAUUUCAGGAUUUAGAUUAAAAUGUAAAAUGUAUUUGAGUAUAGUUUAUAUAAAUUCAAAUUAAUUUUUUUUUUUUUACUUAAAAUGGUUUAAGGCAAGAGUUUCAGCACACAGGCCUAGCUAGAAAGGGUCAACAACAUGGUUUAUAAAGUGCAUUAAGUUCUUCCCUG